UCAGCUACAGAGACCGAACAGCCACAGAUAUGAGCCGCACAGAGGCAUCGUUCCCCCCUCACCACCGCCCCCCCCCUCAGGACUGCAGCGUCCCUGUGGAGCAUCUGGACUACGACUACAUUGGAAAAUGCAAAGAUGUAAAAUACCUAGAGAAGAUCUGCACGGUGCUCAGGUCUGGCGACGAGGGCAUUUAUCCUCAUCUAAUUAUGUUCUGUGAGGAUCACUUGGAAAAACUGGACCCUAGGAGCCUGGCCCUCAGGAAGGAAAAGCGUGUGUCCACAGCUGCUUGCCUUCCAAAUGAUGAGUGGAGCCAAAUUGCUGAUGAGUUGAAGAAAUGGCAAGAAGAAACCAAAGCGUCAGAGAUUUCACUGAAACAGCAGUCAAUGUUGGAUGCUCUGGUGUUUGAAAAUAUGCCACCGAUAAGAGGUUCCAAUUGCUCUGUUCCACUAUGCCAGACUUCAGUUAAAAAAGAAAAGAGGACUCUUUCAAAACACACUCUCCCACAUGAUUAUCGAGAAUGGGACAAGUUUGAUGUCGAAAAAGAGUUUGAAAAAAUCGACAGAAAUUUGGAUAAACAUGAUGCACCAGCCAUUAUAAACCAGGGACACCCCAAAAUCAAAACUAAAGUGGAUGCCUCAUUGCUGACACAACAGGAGAAGCUGCUUCUUGCAAAUCACGAAAAGGAGAAAGGCAAUGAAGCUUUCAGAGCCAAGGAUUAUGAGGAGGCUGUUGCAUACUACUCCAGGUCAGGCUAUUAAACAACUAAUUUAUUAUAAAACAAAUCU